UAUAACAGCACUACGCAAAAGGCGAGAUUCCCUGCCUCCCCGGCCAUGCCAGUAUGCCACACCCCUCUCGGUGUCCGCCCCCGGUGGGCUUGGAAUCUCCCGUCCCUUUCGCUCUAUACAAGCCCCACUUCCUCCUCCCCUGCCCCAGUCCCAGUCCCAGUCCACGCGCACACCAUCUGUUCGACGUAUUGCCGGCAUGGGGCUCCCCCACGCCGGCGUCCUGAUCUUUGGUCUUCUGUCCGUGUUCCAACUGUCGCAUUCGUCAUCAGACAAGGACGACUUCACCAAGGUCAGGGCGGUGAACCUGGGAGGCUGGCUGGUGGUGGAGGGGUGGAUCAAGCCUUCCUUGUUUGAUGGCAUCCCAAAUGGGGACAUGCUGGAUGGCGUGCAGGUGCAGCUCAAGUCUGUUGCUCUCCAGAAGUACGUGAGUGCAGUUGGUGGUGGCGGUGGAAAUGUGGCCGUGGACCAGGAUGCUGCUUCGACAUGGGAGACUUUCAAGCUGUGGAGAGUUUCUGAUAGUGAAUUUCAGUUCCGAUGCCUCAAUGGUCAGUUCUUGACAGCAAGUAAUCAGGAUGUGAUCUCAGCAACUACAGAUUCACCAGGAGACUCCGAAACAUUUUAUAUCGAACGGAAUAAUUCAAUGCUUCAUAUCAAGCUUUCAAAUGGGAGCUAUUUGCAGGUCACAAAUAACAAUCAGCUUACUUCAAAUUAUCAUUCCCAGCCUGGAUGGGGUGAUGAUAUGGCAACAUUCCAGAUGACAAUAGCUGCCAACAACUUGCAUGGAGAUUACCAGCUUGCUAAUGGGUAUGGACCUGUGCAGGCAAAAGCGGUCUUGACUGAACACCGAAAGAGCUUUGUUACUGGAAAUGAUUUCUUUCUCCUCUCGCAAAACAGUAUAAAUGCAGUCAGGAUUCCAGUUGGAUGGUGGAUUGCGUAUGAUCCUGAUCCACCCGCUCCAUUUAUUGGUGGCUCCCUUGAGUACCUUGAUAGAGCAUUCUACUGGGCACAGGUUUAUGGCUUGAAGUGCAUCAUCGAUCUUCAUGCGGCUCCUGGAUCUCAAAACGGAAUGGAGCACAGUGCUAGCAGGGAUGGUUCAGUAGAUUGGCCUUCAGAGGUUAACAUACAGAAGACUCUGGAUGUCAUUAAAUUUUUAGCUCAAAGGUAUGCAGACGAUCCCUCGCUUCUUGGUAUUGAGCUUCUGAAUGAGCCUUCUGCAGGAGCAGUCCCACUGGAUACUCUUGUGUCGUAUUACAAAAAAGGCUACAAAAUUGUACGAAGUUAUUCGGAGACAGCUUAUGUUAUAUUCUGCCAGAGGAUAGGGAAUGCAGACCCAAUGGAGCUUUAUGAGGCUGACCUGGGACCAACUAACACUGUUGUUGAUUUGCAUUACUACAAUUUGUUUGAUCCUUAUUAUGAGAAGCUUAACGCAACAGAGAACAUACAGUUUGUUUAUGAAAAAAGACUGCCUCAAGUGCGGGCCUUGAACGGCGCAAAUGGACCUCUUGUUUUUGUCGGAGAGUGGGUGAAUGAAUGGAAUGUGGCAAACGCUUCACAAAUUCAAUACCGAUCUUUUGGAAAAGCUCAAUUGGAGGUCUUUGGAGAAGCCUCCUUUGGCUGGUCUUAUUGGACAGUCAGGUGCAACAGUGUGCACUGGGAUUAUGAAUGGAACGUAAGGAAUCGGUAUCUUAUUAUUGGUAAGCAGUUUGUUCUUCAGCUGCCUUCAACCUCCAGUCACUUAAACACAAUCCACACUGGGCCUGGAAUGACCCGGCGGAGGGGAGUUUGAGGGUUAAGAGCAUCUCCAGCCGUUGAGCCCCCAAGACGCGCCGAAAAUCGCCGCUGGGGCGAGCCGGCGUUUUUUUAGG